AUGGAUACUGAAUAUUUGUGGAUUAAUUCAUUGUUGUUCUUCGUGGCCGUGGUGGCCGUUGUUACGGCAGAUGUCUCCCACUUGGGCUACAACUAUCCCCAACCUGAGCCAAUGUUUUCGGUGGUACCAUCCAUUUCUAUUCAAUUGCCUACGAAUAGCUUUUUUCCACCCGCAACUCCCAUGAAUACGUAUGUUCCUCCCGCCCACAUGCAUCAACAUAAUCUGAUGCAACAACAUCAACAUCAACAUGAACAACACCAGCACCAACAUCAUCACGAACAGCAACACCAACCCCAACCAGAUGUUUCCAUCCCCUUGCCCUCAUACGUUCCUUCAGAGCCCAUGGUUCAACCUAACAAUAAUUUUGUGCCAUCAGCUAUUCACGUACAUGGUCCAGCUCCAGCCCCUGUGGCUCAACCAAACAACAAUUACUUACCUCCCAUGGAAACGGUGUCCGCCCCUAAACCUCACAACAAUUUCGUGCCACCUAUGGAAGCGGCUCCUGCUCCUAAGCCACAAAACAACUACUUGCCUCCCAUGAAAUUGACUCCUAUUAUGACAGUUAUGGCUCCCAAAGAGACCUAUCUUCCCCCGGCACCUCAACAAACCUACAUUCCUCCAGCCCCACAGAAAAUGCACUUGCCACCAGCUCAGCCCAAACAAAGCUACCUUCCACCAGCUGAACCCAAACAAACCUACCUACCACCAGCUCAACCCAAACAAACCUACCUUCCACCUGCACCCAAACAAACCUAUAUUCCACCAGCUCCACAAAAGACCCAUCUGCCACCAGCCGAACCUAAACAGACCUAUCUACCUCCUGCUCCUAAGAAUACAUAUAUUCCACCAGCUGAACCCAAGAAAACAUACAUUCCCCCGCCAAGUGCCCCAGUUGAACCCAAAAAGAGCUACUUACCACCAACAACACCAGCACCUGCUCCCAAGAAGUCAUACCUUCCACCACCCAAAACAACCGACUCUGUUGUCCCCAAGAAGGCAUACCUACCACCACCAACAGCAGCCCCUGCACCAGUUACCCCCAAAAAGUCAUAUCUUCCACCAUCAAAAACCUCUGCACCAAUUGCACCCAAAAAAUCUUAUCUUCCUCCAGUAAAAACACCCGUAGCGCCCAUUGCUCCCAAAAAGGAGUACCUUCCACCAACAGAAACUGCCCCCGCCACACCCAAGAAAACCUAUAUUCCUCCACCAUCCCGAACUGUUGAACUACCUCCAGCACCGGUUAAACAGGAACCCACAGUUGCCAAGCCCAACAAGGAUUAUUUGCCACCCACACCCAAAAAAUCGUAUCUCCCUCCCCAGCCGGAAAAACAACCUCAAAACUCGUAUUUGCCACCCGAAGAGUCGAAUGCUGAAAAGCCUCACAUUAUCACCCCACCUGCACCCCGUCUCGAGGAUUUGGUCGCCCCUCAACGUCCCGAACCCAAAUAUGUCGAUUCGGAACAAUUCACCGAUGAAGGUUACAAGACUGUACGCAAAUUGAAAUUGUAA